CGGCUCCUCCUUCCCAUUCAUGUCAUUGGAUCUAGCAAACAAAGAAAUCAGAGCAUCAUGUCAGGGAUCAUGGAGAAAAUAGGCGAGAAGCUCCACAUCGGAGGAGACCACAAGGGGGAGCACAAAGGCGACCACCACGAGAAGGACAAGCACGAGCACGAGAAGAAGCACGGCGAGAAGUCGGAGCACCAUGGAGAAGGGCACAAGGAAGGCCUGAUGGAGAAGAUCAAGGACAAGAUCCAUGGGGGGGGUGAUCAUCACGAUGAGAAGGGUGAGAAGAAGAAGAAGAAGAAGGAGAAGAAGAAGAAGGGCGAGCACCAGGAGGGCGGCCACAGCAGCAGCAGCGACAGCGACAGCGACUGAUCUGACCCUCUCUUUCUGCGUCUGUCUGUCUCUCUAGUUUCCUUUCAAUAACAUCAAUAUCUAAUCUUUGUAUUGCGUUUCUCUGCUUUUCUCCGGACUUGUAAUAUCCACUGCGACUAUAUUAUAAUAAUAAAGCCUCCUCAUCUUUCUAAUUU